CGAAAGAUAGAAUGCCAACGGAACGCCUCGAAAAGAGGGCUACUUGAUUGAUUUGGCAACGCUUGGACACGGAACCGGCAGACAUGCACCAACGAAAACCCCUCGAGGCGGAAGCGGGGCCGCGGACCGCGGGCCUAUCGCUCUCGGGCAGUAGCAGCGGCAGCUUUGCGAGCGAGACAAACGGGAGCUCUUCCGCGAGACAGCGCCACGCGCACUCCUCCUCGGGGUCGCUCUCGAGAAGCCCCGGCGAGCGGGCGCGGAAGCAACGGAUCCUGGCCCUCCACUCGGGCCGGACACAGUGGUCGAGGCUCUUUUUCCUUGGCCUCUGGAUCUCGAUCGGCGCUUGGGGGCUGGUGGGGACCUGGAUGGUACUAGAGGUCCGCAGGGAGCUGCUCGAUGGCGGGGCCGAUUCCAAUCUGCGCUCCCGGCCGAUCCAGGGCACGAAAACCGCCCUCCGAUGGCCGGGCCGCAAACCCGCCGAAGCCUUCCAGAGGAUUUCGGAGGCCGCUCCCGAGUGCUACGACCUCGAGGACCCCAGCGAGAUCACCCUCACACUGGUGACCCAGGUAUCGCACGAUCGGUUGUGGAUGAUGGAGCACCACUGCGAUCGAUACAGGGUUACGGGGCCGGAGGACCAGAGGAAGCAGCAGCACCGAAUGUCGAUCGCCGUCUAUUCUAACGCGACGAAGGGUGAAAUCGUCGACGAGCUGGAAGCGAUGGGCUGCGGGGUAAUCACCAACCCCGAGAGCGACGACGCGACCUACAACGAGGUGGGGGUGGAAGUAUCCGUGCUGAGCGCCCGGACCCACGGUGCCUGGAACAACUACCCCGUCAACGAGCUCCGAAACCUGGCCCUCUCCAGGGUCCGGACCACCCACAUUCUCUACCUCGACGUGGACUUUUGGCCGAGCGAUUCCCUGUACGAAAUGCUGCUGGGGGACGACGACGAAGGGAACGGACCCCCCAGCCCGGUCCAGCAGGCUCUCCUUGCCGAUCCCAGGCAGGCCCUGGUGAUCCCCGCCUUUCAGCUGUGGCGGCAGUGCGCAGAGUGGGCCGACUGCCGCGGGGAGAACCUCCCGCACAUGGAGGCCGCCCGGACGCUCCACGGACUGGCCCACGAAGUCAAGACGUACAAGAGCGUUUCCAUCUUCGAUCCGACCAACGUGGGUGGGCACGGAUCGACCUCCUAUCCGUCCUGGUUCCGCCAGGCCCCCGGAUCGGUCCUGCCGAUCGACUGCCUGCAAUCGAACCGCUACGAGCCGUUCGUGGUGGUCCGGUACUGCAGGGACCUCCCGCCUUUCCAGAAGGCCUUUGCUGGGUACGGAAAGAACAAGGUCACCUGGGUAAUGCACCUUGUGGCGGCGGGCUACGUAUUUCGCCAGGUGGGGGGGACCUACCUGAUCCACUACCCCCACCUCGAUUCGGCCUCGCGGCAGCACUGGAACAACUCGGGCAAGAAGAAGGAACCUGGAGAAGAAGAGAAGCCCCCCGGGGAAAGCAGUGGAUCGAACUCCGAGAGGAAUUCUCGCUCGGGGGGGAAUUCCAAGCGGUCCAGGGUAGACCACCUGUUUGUGGAGUUUAAGGACUGGCUCGCCGACACCAUUCCCUCCGCCGACCGUCGGCUGCCGCUCUGCGACGACGCUCAGGACGACGACGGCAAGCUGUGGGUCGAUCACCACUCCCCGAAACGACGCCAGCACCGAUCGGGGGAUGAUGGGUAGACCGUUCUGUGGGGGACCGACCGGGGCUGGGGGACCGAAAAGGAACGGGCCAGCCGAAGCGAAUAGGCGAAACAACUUCCGUUUUGGGGGAUUCUACGGGAAUCGGAUUUCCAGGCGAAAUGACCACGCCUGUAUGUUUAUAAGCUUUAGAGGAUCCACCUUUGUCAGAAAACCCAUUGCAAAGAAAACAGAGGAAUCCAAUACUUCCUCGGCUGGAGUGAAAAUACUGAAACAAUACCGCUUAUGCAAUAAUUUUCACAGCUUGAU